UGAGUCAGUAGCAUUCUGCCGCGCCUCAUUUUCCUCCAGUGAAACUAAUAACGUGAAAUUGACAAAAAAAGUUCUGGAAUGAUUUUGUGUUGUGAAAUUGCGCAGGUUACAACGCGGCGUCAGCGGUGCAGCUGUGAGGCGGCGACAAAACCAACGUGAAAUGCAGGUUCACCAGAAGAAACAAAGAAUUGCUUGAAAGGCUGAAGAUUUGGAAUUAAUUACAAAACAGCGAAGUGGAAUUGUGCAGGAAGUCAAGGAUUUCUUACUUCAAGGUGUUUUUUUAGGUAGUUCCUGAGUGUAGCUGCGGUCAAGUUAGCAAACAGAUGCUUACUGAUCAGACUACUGGAGAAACUUAACGAGCAUUGAUAUACCGCAUAGGUUUCCCUUUGCUUUGUAGUUGACAGGUGCUUGGGCUCAGAUUGAUAAAUACUGCAGAUACGAUACAUCUCCUGGCUGGGUUUUGUCAGCGGGAAGAACAUGUCCUGAUCGAUUCACCUUGAUCAUCGACGGCGAGAGAGGCAAGGUUCGAGGGUAAUCCGAGUCCAUUCUGAUGCUCUUCUCGGCAGUAAUAUUUCCUGCUGCUGGAAUUAAAACAUUUCCACUAUCUCACAAACUUGACCGCUUUUAUUAUUAUUAUUUUUUAGUGUUGAUUUUGGUAGUCAACAACACCACAUUUGUGGACAAGCCAGUAACAGUGCAGAAUAAUGUGCGACAUUAUUAACCAAAACUAAACUGAGGUGAUUGCAUUGUUAUGAAUGUGCAUGUUUAUUAAAAACAUCAGUACAUUUAAAUAGAAAUAUAUCUAUAUAUAUCUGAAUAUAUACAUUUUUCAACAUUUAAGUAAAGAUCGUCUUUCGCCCGGGCAGCGGCUGACAUUGACACAUAGAUGUGCGUGUUUUGGUUACUAAAGCCUUUGGAAUGGAUCUUGUGACCCUUCUGUGGUCUUUCAUUUCAGAAGCCGCGUACAGCGCGAUAAUCUCUCGUGUUUAUUAUUGGUGUGCGUAACUGUAGUUUUGUUUUAAAAGGAGUAUAGUAAUGUCGAAAACGCUAAAAAAGAAAAAGCAUUGGUCUAACAAGGUACAGGAGUGCGCGUUAUCCUGGGGAAAUGGUGGAGAAUUCAGUUCUGUGGUGGAAAUCCACGGGGGAGCAGAGCGGGGCGAGUUUCCUUACCUGGGGCAGAUUAAAGAGGAUGCGGUCGUGUGCCACUCCGGUAAGCCACCGACCCCCGGGGAUGUUCUGUUAGAGGUGAAUGGAACGCCGGUCAGCGGACUCACCAACCGGGACACGCUUGCUGUGAUACGACACUUUCGGGAACCCAUCCGGCUGAAGACCGUGAGACCAGGUAAAGUCCUGAACAGUGACCUGCGGCAUUACCUCAGCCUGCAGUUUCAGAAAGGCUCCCUGGACCACAAGCUUCAGCAGGUGAUUCGGGACAAUCUCUACCUGAGGACCAUACCCUGCACUACAAGGCAGCCCAGGGACGGGGAGGUCCCAGGAGUGGACUACAACUUCAUCAGUGUUGGGGAAUUCAGGACCCUGGAGGAUAGUGGGGCUCUGCUGGAGAGUGGAACAUAUGAUGGUAAUUACUAUGGCACCCCGAAGCCUCCUGCCGAACCCAGUCCCAUACAGCCGGACCUAGUGGACCAGGUUCUGUUCGAUGAGGAGUUUGGCAGCGAGGUCCAGCGGAAACGAACCACCUCAGUCAGCAAGAUGGAGCGGAACGAUAGUACAGCGCCGGAGGAAGAAGAGGACGAGGACAAAGCAAUGGUCAACGGGGUCCUGGAGGACAAGGAUUCUUCUGAAUGGAGGAAGACCGUCCCGAGUUAUACUCAGUCGAACAGCUCCAUGGAUUUCAGAUUCUGGAACUCUUUGCCAAGAGAUGAGAACCAGGAGCCUCUACCCAAGAACUGGGAGAUGGCCUACACUGAGUCAGGGAUGGUCUACUUCAUCGACCACAACACAAAAACAACCACCUGGCUCGACCCUCGUCUGGCUAAGAAAGCCAAGCCCCCAGAGAAGUGUGACGAUGGAGAGCUUCCUUAUGGCUGGGAGAAGAUAGAGGACCCGCAGUACGGCACCUACUACGUUGAUCACAUCAACCAGAGGACCCAGUUUGAAAACCCGGUGCUUGAAGCAAAGAAGAAACUGACUCAGGAAGGCCUGGAUAAACCCCAGCAGGCAGCAGCGCCCCCUACAGAUGCGGAAAGGCCUCCAUUCACCCGGGACCCCUCCCAACUGCAGGGCACGAUGGUCCGCACAGCCCUGAGGAAGAGUAACCUGGGCUUUGGCUUCACCAUCAUCGGGGGGGACCGGUCCGAUGAGUUCCUGCAGGUCAAGAACGUGCUCAAAGACGGGCCAGCCGCGCAGGACACCAAGAUUGCAUCAGGCGAUGUUAUUGUUGAUAUAAAUGGCACCUGUGUCCUUGGUAAGACACAUGCAGACGUGGUCCAGAUGUUCCAAUCCAUUGCUGUGAACCAAUACGUGGACAUGGUUCUGUGUCGGGGGUACCCUCUGCCUGAAGAUACUGGCAGCGAGCCAAGCAGUGACAUUGUUACUGCCACCCCCUUGAUCAACGGGCAGCCCAUGCUUACCAAGGGGGAACCCAUGCAUGGCUCUCAGGAGCUGCAGUUCAUCCCCAGCGAUCAGAACGGGAGGCCAGUCAUUAAAGCCCUUCCCAAUGGACGCUUCAAUGGUCCACUGGCUGAGCAUCCUGAAAACAGGUCUUCCAUGGCCUCCACUGGGCUCCUGCAGCCGGAGUUGGUGACUGUGCCGCUGGUCAAGGGCCCAAAUGGGUUUGGCUUUGCUAUCGCAGACAGUCCUCUAGGGCAGAAAGUCAAGAUGAUCCUGGACGGCCAGUGGUGCAGCGGCCUGCUGAAGGGAGAUGUCCUCAAGGAGAUUAGUCGACAGAACGUCCAGACGCUGACCCACAGCCAGGUAGUGGACAUCCUGAAGGAGUUUCCGGUGGGAAGUGAAGUGUCGGUUCUGGUCCUUAGGGGUGGUCAAACGUCACCUGUUAAGUCUCUCAAACCUAAAGAGAUGACCGCAAGCAACGAGGUGUUGGACCCCAGUGACCCCAUCCCUCAGGCCCUUCCCUUUCCCCCAAACAUCCUCCGCCCCAUGUCUCCCAGGCUAGACCCCUCUGAGGUCUACAUCAAAUCCAAGGCAAUGGUCGAGAACAAGCCCCCGAACACCAGGGAUCUGGACGUGUUCAUAAAGCGGAAUCAAGAUUCCGGAUUCGGGUUCCGGGUUCUGGGAGGGGAGGGUCCUGAACAGCCAGUAUACAUUGGAGCCAUCGUACCCCUGGGGGCUGCAGAGAAGGACGGCCGCCUGCGAGCUGGAGAUGAGCUGCUGUGUAUCGACGGGGUGCAGGUCAAGGGGAAAUCCCACAAGCAGGUCCUGGAACUCAUGACUAACGCUGCUCGCAGCGGCCACGUGCUGCUUACAGUGCGUAGGCAAGUGUUUUACACAGACAAAAUAUCUGAUGAAGAAAGGAAUGUGACCCCUGAACCCUUGCUAAACGGCUCCCCUAAAGUGCCCCAUAUCGAGGUGCCAAGCAGACUGCAGGGGGAACCUUAUGAAGUGGUGCUGCAGAAAAAAGAGAGUGAGGGGUUUGGAUUUGUGAUACUCACUUCCAAAAAUAAACCACCCCCUGGAGUUAUCCCGCACAAGAUUGGCCGUGUUAUUGAGGGGAGCCCCACUGACCGCUGUGGAAAGCUGAAGGUUGGUGACCGGAUCUCUGCUGUGAAUGGCCAGUCCAUCGUUGACUUGUCACACAACGACAUUGUGCAGCUGAUUAAAGAGGCAGGAAACGCAGUUACACUGGCAGUGGUUCCAGAGGAUGAACACAGCGGGCCUCCCUCAGGCUCCAGCUCAGCCAAGCAGAGCCCGGCACCACAGCACAGAGCAAUGGGACAGACGCAGCCCAACCAAAGAAUGCUGGAGGACAGGUCCCAUUUAGAGACUGAAGAUAAGAAGGAUGACUCUGAUGAAAGACAUUCCUGGUCAGACUGCAAGUACAUUCCCCAGACUGACCAUGGAACAGCGUGGGGUACGGAGCCCAGACAUUCCCAGAGCACUGGCUCUUUCCUGGUGGAGCUGGAGAGAGCGUCCCGGGGCUUUGGCUUCAGUCUACGCGGAGGAAAGGAGUACAACAUGGGCCUCUUCAUACUGCGUCUGGCAGAGGAAGGCCCGGCACUCAUAGACGGAAGAAUACAUGUGGGUGACCAGAUUGUUGAGAUCAAUGGCGAGCCCACUCAAGGCAUCACUCACACCAGGGCCAUUGAGCUGAUCCAGGCUGGGGGGAAUAAAGUCCAGCUUCUCCUGAGGCCAGGACAAGGUCUUGUACCAGACUACAUUCACAUGGAUCCUAUGAACGUUUCACCUGCAAGCUUUCCAAAAGAGGUCACAUCUUCUGAAGAACCACCACCUUUUUCUCCAUCCUUCAAUUCCACCUCUACUCCUGAGUUCACCCCAACAGCGAGACAAGAGGAUGCCUCAGUGAGAGACUUUGCCAUCGCUCCAGCGGGACAGUUGGAUAAACCUGUCAGUGGGGAGACUAGUCCAACAAGCACAGAUAAGGGACAAGACAUUACCAACAACAAGCUGGCCAUAAAAACAAAUGAGAAACGAGAGAGGUCGGCCAGUCCAAGAAAUCCUGACGCGAGGAACCAGCUGCAAGUUAAAAAGAAAGAGUCCAAUGUAUCCCGAUCAGGACGGUCCGCCAGUCCUAGGAAAGCCAACCGGGAAAGAUCUGACAUGAACAAAGAGAGAUCACCCAGCCCGAGGAAGACUGAGAAGAACACAGCUGAACUCAAGGACAGAUCUGUGAGUCCAAAGAAGGGAGAAAGAAAGGACUACUCAGAAGCAACCAAAGAAAGGAAAAGUCGCACUAAGGAGCAGCCAAACAUAGCCCGAACUAGAUCGUCCAGCCCUAGGAAAGCACACAAGAAGGAACAUGCAGAAGAAAACAAGGAGAUGCUUAAUUCUGGCGCUGACCGACAAAGAAUAACCAGCUCAGGCAAGGCAGACAAACAUGGCCAUUCCAAAGAAAGCAGUGAUAGGUGGGAACACCCUACUAGGAGGGAAGAUGGACUGAAGAACAAAACAGCCAGCAACACUGAGGAAAAGCCUCCUGUGGGAAUGAGAAAGAACCAUGAAGAAAAAGUGGCCUCACCGACCAAGGCCCAAGAGCAAAGAAGAGAGGCCUCGGAGGAACUGGAGAAAGACGGAAAGCCACAGAGAAGCAGGUCACCAGACAGGAGGCGCAAAGAACGACCUGUAAGAGAAAAGGUGAAUAAAGAAACCCAGGAACCGACCACACUGAGCCAGAAGCAGCUUGGAAUAAGAGAUGGGGAGGCGAAGAGGCAAGAUUGGGAACACAAAAAAGACAUGGGUCAUGCUGGUGGUUCAGAGAACAACGCUACCUCCGGGGGCAGGAAGGCCCCCAUCACUCCAGGGCCUUGGAAGGUUCCCAGCUCAGUAAAAGUAGGGGCCGAGAAGCAAGAGAAACAUACUUAGGUGAAGAAUCAGGCUUUAAAAAGGCAUGAAGGCAGUUUGCGAUAAGGUUUUCCUGCUCUGAGAUGCUGAAGAGGAAAAUUAUUGUUUUUGGACACUUUCACAACACUGUUAAAAUGAAGGAAGAAGUAUUUUAAGACCUGUAUUACUUCAGAUAAUAUAUUUAAAAUGUAUUUUUCAUCCCCAAUGUGAAAAUUCAGUAUGGCACUUUUUUGUUAAUGUUAACUAAUCAAAUACAAUCAGUUUAGUGUCUGUGAAUGUCUGUCUAGCCAACCCAAACACACAGUACUCCUGUCCUUAAGCAUGUGCCAAGAGGGGAUUCUGAAAAAAAAACAUGCAUGUUCAUCUUAACAUACUGUAUAACAAAUAACUCUUAGUUGCACUGGUUCAUGUAUACAAUAUAAUGAAGGGGUAGUACGUAGUCCAUGCAUGGAGGAAGGAGACUAAAUCCAAGCAUCUGACUGUCAUUUGCAAAAUCGCACAAGAAAUGCUAGCAGGAUUUACUUUACUGAAUGAUGUUUAUGCUUUUUCAUGCAUGCAUAUAAUUAUUUUUAAUGAUUUUCUGUUGAUAAAAGUUUUGUUUUUCCCACUACUUGUUUGUCAAAUUCUAAUAGUGUGAAUCACAGUAAACGAAUACAUAGUAGUGCAAAUCAUAAAACAAUAACCAAGCGGUGGUUUCAGUUGUUCUUGUUAUCUUUUAAUGGCCCAGAUUCAUUGUAAAAUAUGAUGUUUUUAGUGUUAGUGAUGGUCUAACUUCUUGAGAUAUGUAUUGAGCCAUUGUAGUUUGGUGUAGGGUUCAACUUUCACAGAGAAUACAGAACCACAGCCUGCUGCUCCACACUUAAAUGUUGUUUGUUGUUACAAAGUGUCUAUUAUCUUUUGACAAAAAUCUGUAGGCUACUAAAAAUACUUGUGCUUAAUUCCUGUUUCAUGAAUCUGUUAUACAGUAACCUACUCUGUAUUUUAUGUAUCUUUUGUUAUUAGUGGUUGUCAGAUUGAAAUCCACUAUUUCUCCUCAAUAGUACAGUAAAUGUAUUUGAACUUCGUUUCUGUUAACUCCAACACAAUUUAACAAAGAUACAACUUAAUGCCUGUAUAAAACACCCCAGCAAUUAAAACUUAAAUUCAUCUUUUUUCAACACAAUCUCACUAGAUAGAGCUGAAACAAUCACACUGCAUAUUGUGCAAUAUAUUGAAAUCCAAAAAUAUUUUUUUCCUAAAUUCAGAAACCAAAUGCUGGUUUGAAAUAUCUCACCCUUUUCAAUAACUUUUUAAAUUUAUGAGCGACUGUAAUGAAUGAAACCAAAGCUACAAGUGAACUGUGAUUGGAUUUAGAACUCCAGUAUAAGCAUUACAAACACUUUUAAACUGUGCUGUACGCUGUAUUGUAUGUCUUCUAUGCUAUAUAUUGUAUACAGUUUUCCUCCCUGAGCUAGAACUCAUUCAUAUCCUUGCUUGUAUAUAAUCAAGUGGCCUUGCCAAGCUCAACAAAGAAGCCUUUUGGUUUCUACAUGAUGUGGUCGUUGUAAAUGCUUAUAUAUUGUACAGCACCUUUAGAAAUACUUUGCUCCAUUAUUAUAAAUUAAUCACUCUGUUAUUUUUGUAUGAAAAAAAAUAAAAUAUAGCAUAUAAAAUGGAAAACCUUA